AUGGCUGCGCAAUCAAAUGGACUCCACGACGAUGAGCUCGUCGCUCCUCACGAGGACCCCCGCACCACCAACGAGCCUACAACUGCCGCCGAUGUUGAGUCGGACCGCGACGAAGAUGAGGACGAUUCGGAGGAGGACGACGACGAGCCCAAGCUGAAGUACGAUCGCCUCACCAGCACCUUGGGCUCUGUCUACCGCAAUGGCGACGCCACCAGCGCCUUCAUUGUCGGAGGGGACAAGAUGAUUAUAGGCACCCACAAUGGAAACAUUAAUGUGCUCUCCAUGCCUUCCUUCCAGUCGUUGCGCUUCUAUCACGCCCAUUCAGCCUCAGUCACUUCCGUGUCCAUCUCACCGUUUCCUCCUCCUCUACCGGAUUUGAGAGUGGAACCUGUGACGAGAAUCUCUACCGAGCCUAUCCCCCCACCGGAAAGGCGCAGUACUGCCGCAUCCACUGUGUCAAGCCCACCAUCGAGAACUCCGCGGCAGCCUCCGCUUCCGGCCACUCCUUCCAAUUCGAUUUUCGUCGCAACCUCUUCGAUCGAUGGCCACGUUUGCGUCUCAUCCCUAGUGGAUCAGAGGGAUGUCACCCUCAGGAAUUUCCGCAGGCCUAUUAAUUCCGUAGCCUUGUCUCCGGAAUACAAGAGUGACAGAAGUUAUCUAUCAGGAGGAUUGGCUGGAAACCUGAUCUUGACGCAGGGAGGACGUCCAGGUGUCAGUGCGGAGGCCAACACCAACAGUGCUGCCGCUGCGGCUUCUGGAUGGUUGGGCUCUAUCGGACUCGGUGCAAACACUGGGAGAGACACUAUACUGCAUUCGGGUGAAGGCAGCAUCAGUUCAAUUAAAUGGUCACUCUCAGGAAGAUACGUGGCAUGGGCAAAUGAGCAGGGUAUCAAGAUAAUGCGGUCCAAUCUCAAGCUGGAAGGUAUCGACUCGGAUUUUGCCUGGAGGCGGAUAGCCCACGUGGAUCGGCCCUUCCAUGGCCAGUGGGAAGAUAUGGCCUCUGUCUGGAAAGCCCGGAUUGAGUGGAUUGAUGAGAACAAUCUUGAACCAGAUGACGACGCCCCCGUCAAAAACGGUAUUACUCGCUCUGGAACCGAUGCUACAGACAUCCAAGGCUCGCCAAGCAAGAAUGGCACAAAGCGUCUGAAGCCAAAGACAGAGAAGCUCUUGGCGGAGCCGGCACAGGAAGAAACGUUGGAGAAAGGUCUGCGGGGCGUGCAGACAUUGUUCAUAAAUACCUCUGAAGAGGUUGAUGUGGACACUCUGACAGUCAGCCGAUUCGAGACCCUCUCGGCAGCCGACUACCAUCUCGGUACCCUCUAUGUUCCAAUCCUGUACCCAGGGAGUCCGACGACGCAGCGUGGGGCGCUUGAGACGAUUAGCGAGGGUAUCUGGGGUGCCGGAGUGACGGCUCAGCGAAUUCUUAGCUCAGGCGCUUCCAUAGCCAGCUUGGGGAGCAGCGGUGAAAAUGGCAAGGAUCGUUUACCGCGCAGCAUGACCGGACAAUCAUCCAUUGCUAGAAACUCCUUGGCAAAGGCAGGCCACCCUCUAGCUGUCUCAUCCGGCUUGAAGAUCUUCAUCCACAGUCCCUACGACUGCGUCAUCGGUGUGAAGCGUGACCUUACAGACCACCUUUCGUGGCUUCUGGAUCACCAGAACUACGAAGAUGCGUGGGAGUUGGUCAACAAUCAUCCUGAAAUCGUAUCGCCGCCUCAACAAGGUGAAGAUCCCAUGUCCCCAACCAUCCUCACGCCAGUCUCUUCACUCCGACGGAAGCCCAGCAUAGCAGAGUUCUUCGCAGAUGAUGCUUCUCAAUCCACCAUUUCUGCCGAGAAACAGCACAACUCGGCCGCGGAGAAGGAAAAGCGCCGCAUCGGUGACUUGUGGAUGCAACAGCUUGUUUCUGCAAAAGAUUGGAAAGCGGCUGGCAAAGUGGCAGGGAAAGUCCUUGGAACGUCGUCACGAUGGGAACACUGGGUUUGGGCAUUCGCUCAAGCUGGUCAAUUCGACGCAAUCACCCCAUACAUCCCUACAAAGCAACUCCAUCCGCCGUUGCCUUCUCUUGUGUACGAGGUCGUUCUGGGCCACUACAUCAUUCGCGACCGCGUCCGACUGAAAGAGCUUUUGGAUCUGUGGGAUCCGGAACUGUUCAAUGUGAACAGCGUCAUCAAUGCACUGGAAAGCAAGCUGGAUGCCGGAGACAUCACCGAAGACACGGUCGAAGGAGGCGAACGAGGGAGAGACUGGCGCAUUCUUAUUGAAGCUCUCGCCAAGCUAUACAUUGCCGACGGUCGUCCUAAGCAGGCCCUGCAAUGUUACAUUCGCGUGCAAAAUGCUGAUGCCACCAUGUCUCUCAUCCGCGAGUACCGUCUUGCGGCUGAAGUUGCCGACGAUAUCCCAGGCUUCAUCAUGGUCCGAAUCUCUAGAGAGCAAAUGAAAAUGGCACCCUUAGAAGAGCUGGAGGAGGCCUCUUCAGAAGCCGUGCAACUUCUGGUUGAAGAUGCCUAUCAAGGAUUGGUAAACCCCCACAUUGUCGUUGAGCAGCUUCAGGAGAGAGGCGACUCGUUCAAGCCUUUCCUCUUCUUCUACAUGCAUGCUCUGUGGACCGGCAAAGGGAGCGAAAGCGAAUUGCGUACGACUCAUGCUCGCAUUGUUGAUGAAGGAAGGACAAUGGUCGAGGAUUUUGGUGAUCUCGCCGUGGAGCUCUUCGCUGAGUAUGACCGAGAUCUUCUGAUGGAGUUCGUGAAAACCUCGCAAAGCUAUGACUACGAAAAGGCUUGCGCCGUAUGCGACGCUCGUCAAUACAUCCCCGAGCUUGUCUACAUCCUCUCCAAGACUGGCGAAGUAAAGAAAGCCCUGUUCCUCAUCAUCGACAAGAUGGGUGACGUUUCGUACGCCAUUUCCUUUGCCAAGGAGCAAGACGAUCCAGACCUCUGGGACGACCUGCUCGACUACAGCAUGGACAAGCCGCACUUCAUCCGCGGGCUCCUCGAGGAAGUCGGCACCGCCAUCGACCCCAUCACGCUGGUGCGCCGCAUUCCCGAGGGUCUCGAGAUCGAGGGGCUCAGAGACGGCAUCCGGCGCAUGGUCAGGGAAUACGAGAUCCAGUUCAGCAUCAGCGACGGCGUCGCCAAGGUCUUGCGGAGCGAAGUCGCCUCGGCGAUGGAGACGCUGCGGGCGGGGCGGAAGAAGGCCGUCAAGUUCGAGGUCGUCGACAAGGAACCCGACCACGUCGACGUCUUCGUCGAGCCGCUGCUGGACGCACAGGACGUCGCGGAGAAGAACGACGCCGCUACCAUCACCGAUCGCGUCGACACGGCUGCCAGCGGAUUCAAGCCAGGGCAUUGCGUGGGUUGUGGGAAGGCCUUCACACAAGAUGAGAAGGAAACCCUCAUCGGCUUCGCGUGCGGCCACGUCUACCACCUCUCGUGCCUGCUCGACGCGGCCGGUUCGGGCUCUAGCGCUUCGGCGGCGUCGAUGCUGCAGGCACAGUUCGCCGAAGAUCCGGACACAUCGAGCCGCAGCGUUGGCGGCAAGGUCGCGCACGCUCACCUCAUCCGCAACGCCAUCAGCGGCGGGUGUCCUGUUUGUGCGGAAGUGGCGGAGUAG